CCUCACUAACCAUCAUCUCGUCCACAAUUAUCCAGAGGAUUUAUCUCUUACCACUGUUAUUAAUACGCCUUCAACCAUCGUUCUUCCCAAAAGGCAGCUAGUCUUCAUCAUAUCACCCAUUACCCCGCGUUGUCAACCCAAUCACCCCACCGCGCAACACCUAGCAGCCCACCAUGGCAUCCGAUCUAGAGCAGCUCAUUGAGAUGGGCUUUGAUAAAGAAAGAGCCCAGCUAGCCGUGUCAAAGACCGGUGGCAUCCAGGGUGCUCUCGAAUGGCUCGAACAGAACCAAGACAAAUCGCUCGACGAGAUUAAGGCGUCCAAUGAUGCUCAAGAGGAAGAAGAGGGACCCCCGUUGCAGCCCGGUGAAGAGGCCCGCAGCCUGGUGUGCAACGAGUGCGGCAAAAAAUUCCGAAGCCAGGCCCAGGCAGAAUUCCACGCUUCCAAAUCGGAACAUGUCGACUUCUCUGAAUCCACGGAAGAACUCAAGCCGUUGACGGAGGAGGAGAAGAAAGCAAAGUUGGAGGAGCUCCGCCUGAAAUUAGCCGAGAAGCGUGCCGGUCUGACGGAGCAGGAGAAGGCCGAUAAGAAGAGGAACGAGGAAAUCCGAAGAAAGAGCAACAAGGAAAACCAGGAUGCCAAGGAGGAUCUCGAAAAGAAGCAGAGGAUGAAGGAGGCCGCGAAGAAGAAGCAGGAGAAGCAGGAUGAGAUCGAAGCCAAGCGACGGGUGAAAGCCAAGAUCGAAGCCGACAAGGAAGAGCGCCGAUUGAGAUCUGAACGCGAGAAAGCGGAACGAGCGGGAAAGCCACUUCCUGCUCAACCGGCGCCGGCACCCGCGCCCACAACCUCGGGACCUGUCGCAUCGAAACCGGCGUCUGCUUACACGGAGACUCGCCUGCGAUUCCAAACACCCAAGGGUAGCGUUAUGAAGACGUUGCCCGUCACUACCACGCUCUUUGAGGUCGCGGCGGCUUUGAACCAAGAAGAUGGCAUUGAGGUGCAGAGCUUUUUGCAGACCUUCCCGAGGAAGGUCUUUGAUUCGGAGUAUUUUGGCGAGUCACUGAAAGACCUGGGCUUGAUCCCCAGUGCCAGUCUCGUCAUUCAAUGAUGCCAUAUUAUUGCGAGCCCAGGAAAUAAUAUUCAUUAAACCUUCACAAGACGUGAUGGGUUAAUUGAGCAUAAUUCUAUCUGACCGACACACCUGCGGGUUGAAGUAUUGGUGUCGGCGUGCUGUUCGUUAGACAUCACGCAUUGUCGCAUUACCACAGCAGUGUAACUCGUAGCAUUGAG